UCAGAAAAGUUUAAAAUGGAAAAUAUAUCAAAUAUGGAAAAUGUAUUCUCUGGUCGGGAGAUGAGUAUACACGAGCUGGCUUUGGAGGGAGAUUUCCAGGCUGUGAAACAAAAGAUCCAGUUAAAACCUGAGCUUGUGACUAAAACAGAUGAAUCUGGAAGAAUCCCUCUCCAUUGGGCAGUAUCUAAAGGACACAAGGAGAUGGUUGGCUGGCUACUCGAUCUAAACAAGGAUGCUAACCCUGCAGAUGAUUCUAAGUGGACCCCGCUAAUUAUUGCCGCAUCUGCCGGUCAUGUUGACGUAGCAAGGAUGUUGAUUGACAACGGAGCAGAUGUUUCCGCUGUCACGGACCAGGGCAGAUCUGCUCUGUUGUACGCUGCCAGUAAAAACAGGGAUGAGAUGGUGAGGCUAUUAUUAUCUUCUGGUGCUGAUAUUAAUAAACAGGAUGCCCUCGGCGCAUCACCUCUACACAGAGCUGCGGGUCCAGGGCAUACUGCUGUUGUUAAACUACUGCUAGCUGCUAAUAAUAUGGAUCCUAAUAUUACAGACAGGUACGGGAAUACACCAUUACACUAUGCCUGUGAGGAAGAACGUCUUGAAGUUGCUAAGCUACUGAUUCAUGCAGGAGCUAGUGUCGAGGUUCAGAAUAAGCAGGAACACACUCCUCUGCAGAUGUGUGGACCCGGGUUUGCAAGAUCAUUUAAGAAUUGAUCUAAUCCUCCGUUUCAUUGAUCAAAUGGUCCUCAGCUUCAUUGAUCAAUUAAUCCAACAUAUCUGUAUUAAUGAUGAAUCUGACCGGUUGGUCCUCCAAUUGAUCUCAAAUCAACCCUGUUUUUAAAAUCGUCUGAAUUUGUCAAAUGAAAAUACAUCAUUUUUACUUUUUA